AUGACAUUCCGUCGAGCAAAACAAAGCGUUCUGUUCUUUUCUGGAGCAUUGCUCUUUCUGUGUAUCGUUCCGUCAACGGGAGCUUUCUUCCUUCCCCACUCAAAGGCUGCCAGACUAGGAACGUCGUUCUCGCAAGCGUCAUCGUAUCCCCUGCAACAACGGGAUGAUCAUCGAUAUUCUGGACGAAGAAAGAAGACAACUGUGAAACGACAUUCCAAUUCUCAUCCGUCGCAAAGAAAUUAUGCAACCGAGGUAACUCGAUUCAAUCAGUGGCUCAUAAAACAUCUGCGGGAAGACGGCGGCAGUGUCAAGGAAGCCGAAAGUGAACUUUUGCAACGCGUGCAAAAGCAUCGAGAAAUAUUCGAAACAGAGAAACGUGCAGGGCCAAGGGAUUUUGAUACUUUCAGCUUUAAUCUAAUCAUGAACGCAUGGGGGCAACAACGAUCCAUGAAUGCAGCGAAGAAUGCCGAUAAUCUGCUUCAAAUAUUACUGCAGCAAACACCAGUUUUGAAGCCAGAUUCGUACUCGUAUAGUGCUGUGUUGAAUGCAUAUGCGAAAUGCAGGGGCAAAACAGUGGCAGCAAAGCGUGCGGAAGAACUUUUGAACCAAAUGGAAAACACCAUCCAAGUCACAACAGAUAUAUGUCACAAUGCAGUAAUCAACUGCUGGUCGGUCAGUGGGCAUCCAGAUGCGGGAAGACGUGCUCAACGUUGGUUGACGCGCCUCGAAGAAAGCAAAGACACGCCCAAACCGACGAAAAUUUCCUACAACAAUUGCAUCAAGGCUUGGGCCCGGUCACCAAAUGGUGCCUCCAAUGCACAUCAGCUAUUACAAAAAAUGCAAGAUUUAGGAGGACAAUUCUCACCGGAUAAGAUUUCCUACUCAACUUGCAUUGAUGCCUACUGCAAAUGCACAGAUGAUCUUUCAGCAGCAGCUGUAAAGGCAGAGCAGCUGCUGACGCAAAUGGAAGAAAAAGCGCCAAUGAAUGAAGAUAUUCGACCUGAUGUCGUAGCAUAUACAUCAGUACUAUAUGCCUUUGCCAAGGCUGGGACUCACACCAACGAAGCGAUGCAACUGAUUGAUCGAAUGAAAAAACACGCAAACGAACAACCGAAUACAACUUUUCUCAACACCUUGCUUCAUUUAUUCGCCAAGUCACACAAAAUAGAACCUGCAGAGACACUACUGCGUAGUAUGAAACAGAAUGAUAUGGCCGAUAGGAUUUCCUAUACUGCGGUGAUUAGUGCCAACGCGAAUGUUGGUAAUGCAAAACGUGCAAAGGAGUUGCUCUCCGAAAUAUGGUCACAAUAUGAAUCGUCUGAAGGCAAUGCCCGAUUCCUUCCAACUACAAAAACAUAUGCAUCCGUGCUGCACGCCAUCGCGAAAAGCAAGGACCGCACGAGCAUCGACCUGAAUGAGGUAGAUAACCUCUUGGACCAACUGAGAACCCUUCAUCAAGAGACUGGAAGUCCUGAACUCCAACCCAACACUGUCCUAUAUAGCCUCAUCUUUCUGAUUCUAUCUAAUAGUAGAGAUCCAUCGGCGCCAGAACGAGCCGAAAAGCUGAUGGCACUAAUGAAAGAAGAGCAAGGAGGAGGGAAUGAAAAUGUAAGACCGGAUGCCACAACAUAUGCGUAUCUCAUCAAUACGUACACAAAAUCAAGAGUGCAUAAUUCAGCACAAAUGGCACGAAAACUUCUCGAAGAAGUAGAAGCUGGCUUUGAAAAGGGCUACGAUGAGCUGAGGCCUACAAAGCUUCUAUACAGUGCAGUACUCCAAGCGCAUGCAAAGAGUGCGUCAAGGGAAGGGGCAGAGUGUGCCGAGGCGUUGUUGCAAAGGACAAAAGAUCUCUAUCGGCAAGGGAAACUGUAUGCAAAACCAACCACUCUUUACUACAAUGCUGUGAUCGAUGCGCAUUCAAGGUCCAAGCGAGGUCGUGACGCAGCGAAGCGUGCUGAAGAGCUUCUUGACGAACUGGAGCAACGCCACCGUGCCGGCGACUCUGAACUCGCACCAACAACUCGCAGCUACAAUGCUGUCAUUCUUGCCUGGAAGAACUCAAAUUCGGAGAUGGCCCCGAGGAGAGCAGAGGCACUCUUGAAACGGAUGAACGAACGGUAUUCAAGUGGUGAUCAGACAUGCCGUCCAGAUCGUGUAACAAUCAAUACGAUCAUUGGUGUAUGGGCAAAGUCCCGAGCUCCAGAUGCAGCCGAAAGAGCCGAAACAUUCCUGAAGUUUAUGGAAAACCUCUAUCUAACGGUUGGCGACUCGACUUUCAAACCAGACAGCUACAGCUACAACACCGUGAUUGAUGCCUACUCGUCGAGUUCAUUGCCGACUGCCACAGAUCGAGCAGAAGGGCUCUAUACGCGGAUGAUGGAACGCUACCAAGCAGGCGAUAGCGAGCUGAAACCAGGCAUUAUUACGCUGACAGCGCUACGUCGAGCAUGGGCGCAGAGUGAUUCCUCUGAGGCGCACGAGAGAAUUAGACAUCUCAGUCAGGACAUUGAAAAGAAACAGAAACAUCACACGGCCAACAAAAGAAAGGCAGCCAGACCUAAAUGA